AUGGACGCGACCUAUGCUCAGUUGGCGAACAGAAUCCGUGAAGCGGCCAUCGCAAAACAACCGGGCAGAUUGCUGGUCGGGAUUGCAGGUCCGCCGGGCUGUGGAAAGACGACCAUUGCCGAACAUGUGGUGAACCUCAUCAACGGCACACCCUCAAGCCGCAAAACCUGUCAUGCACAGGCUGUUCCGAUGGACGGGUUUCACUACACUCGGCGAUACCUGGAUACUCUGCCGAACCGGGAGGAAGCCUAUCUUCGGAGAGGAGCACCAUGGACCUUCGACGUCGACGCCAUUCUGAAAUUCGUGGCCAACCUGGCAGAGACCGCUAGCUUGCCGGCAGCAGAGAGACCGCGUAUCCUUGCGCCUUCAUUCGACCACGCAGUGAAAGACCCCAAGGAGGAUGACAUUGAAAUAUCGCCCGACACGUCCAUCGUCAUUUUGGAUGGGAACUAUCUUCUGCUAGAUGAGGAUAAAUGGAGGGACAUCAGUCCGCUUCUCGAUUUGAAGAUCUUUGUCAAUGUCGAUCCGGAAGUCGCGCGAGAAAGAGUGGCAAAGCGCCAUGUCGCUGCAGGGAUUGAGCCGACGCUGGAAAAGGGCCUAGAGAGAUUCGACCGAAACGAUGGACUCAACGGUGAUCUAAUCAGGCGGAAGAUCGUGGCGUCUGAUAUGACUGUCGAGAGUGUCAACGAUUCGUGA